UUCGCUUCCUCCUCACCCACCUCCUCUCCUCCUCCUCCUCCUCCGCCUGUCGGUGGUGCGGUGGUGUCGAGGCUUCUCCUCGGCUUGCUUGCUUCCUCGGUUCGAGGUGCGCGCGGCGUUGCUGAUGGCUUCGGCGGGGGACGACGACGCGGUGGCGGCCGGCAUCAUCUGCUCGCUGCGGGGGGCGGACCUGGCCGGGUGGACGCCGCCGUGGUGGUGCAAGCAGGGGGCGGCGAGGGAGGAGGGGGAGCUGAUCUGGCCGGCCGUCACGCGGGGGAAGCGGUCGCGGCGCAGGUCUCCCGCGGCGGCGGGGAAGAAGGGGAGGUGGGCCCGGGCUAGCCCGGCCUCGCCGCUGGACUACAGCGGCGGCUCCGGCUCCGGCUCCGGGUCGGCCGCGUCCACCAGCGGCGGCGAGGACGGCGCCUUCUGCUCUCCCGGCCACCGCCCCGCGCCGGCGACGACGACCAAGGUUGGCGCCACGGGGGUGGGGCGGCAGCAUCUGCCCUUCUUAGCGCCGUCGCCUCUACGGCCGGCUGGUCAGCGGGCGCGGAAGAAAUUGAGGCUGCCGGAGGUACAGCAGCUGGUGCGGUCUCUUGCAGUGGAGAACGAGAGCAUCCGUGAGGAGAUGCGUUCUUUGCAGAGAGCUUGUGCGGUGCUUUCAAAAGAAAAUGACAAGCUUGAGAUAAGAUUAGAGCUGUCGAGCUCACGGAACAAAGCGGCUACAAAGGAUCUAGAAGGAAAGCAACGGCCUGAUCAGCAGUCUGUCGGAGGCGUUUUCGCUCUUCCAGAUCUCAACAUUCCUGUGCAGGACGCUGCUGAUGGAUCAGCAGCCCAUUGACACUGUGCUCUCCAGAUUAGUGCAGCUUUGCUAACCAAUUAGCAAGUGUACAUAGAGGAACGCAGGCUAGAUUGGGGGGCGCGGCUCAGGUCAUGCGUGAAGAGAAUGACAGAUUUUAUUUUGUUAGUAGAUUACAGGGUCUCUGGUGCCACUAUAGUCCCAAGUGAUAAGCCAUGUUGUAGCCAAACAAAAAUUGACUAAUUUAACUCCCAACUGAUAUUGUUUUACCUAGUGCUUCUGUAAUUCAUGGAGCUGGAGAUGGUUACAGCUCAAACUGAUUCCAAUUCUAGCGGAAUUAGAUGAAUUUGUUCAUGCUGUUUUUGUUUAAGAUCAAUUGAAACGUUACUUGUGAAGAUUUUGGUAGUCGAGUUGUUUCUCUUUGGUAUCUAUUGCCUGCCUUGUUUUCAGUUG